AUGAAUCUAUAUGAAGAAUUUUCUACAAUUAAAAAUAAUAAUCCAAAAUUAUUUAAUUAUAUAAUUGAUGAAGCUAAAGAUUUUGCUGUUGUUCAUGGAAAUAUAUUACGUUUAUCUAAUUCUAAAGAUUCCAGUGAUAUUGUUCAACAUGCUCCAAUUACAUUAUUACCAAGUCCAUUUCCAAAAAAUCUUUAUAUCCAAGCUUUAAAAGUUCAACCAAUUAUGAAUAAAUUAUAUUUUAAAAUUUCUUUAGAUUAUGAAUUUUUAAAAUCAUCCUUAAAAUGUGUCAUUGAUACAGAUGAUUUUACAAAAAAACUUUUUAAUAUUUAUGAUAUUGUUAUGAAAGAAAGUUUAAAACAACCUAUAACAUUACUUCUUCAAAGAUCUGACUAUUUUUGUCAUGUUAAUACUUCAAAUCCAAAUAAAAUUGUAUAUGAAUUAAAACAAAUUGAGGUAAAUAAUAUUGCAGCAGGAAUGGCUAGUUUAAGUCAAAUAACUACACAAAUGCAUAAACAUAUUCUUAGAAAUUUUUCUAACAUCUAUAAUGAAGAUAAUCAUCCAUCUAAUAGAGGUAAUGAUACUGUAGGUAAAGGUCUUGCUGAAGCAUGGAAAAUGUACGGAAAUACUAAUGCAUAUGUUCUUCAAUUGGUUGAGGAUACCAAUAAAAAUCAACUUGAUCAUCGACAUAUUCAAUAUGCUACAGAUUAUUUUACCUCAUAUAAAUGUAAAACAAUAAGAAUUCCUCUUUCUGAAUGUAGAAAUAGAUUAAAAUUAGGAAAGAAUUAUGAAUUAAUAAUGGAUGAUAUUUAUGAAAUUGGUGUUGUUUAUUUUAGAACUGGCUAUUCACCAGAAAAUUAUAUAGAUGAAGAAGAUUGGAAUAGUAGACUUCUUAUUGAAAAAUCUUGUGCUAUCAAAUCACCAUGGAUAGGUUUACAAUUAGCAAAUACAAAAAGAAUCCAACAAGUGUUAAUAGAGAAUGGUGUUGUUGAAAAAUUUUUAAACGAUAUAGAAGAAAUAAAAGAUGUUAAAAAGACAUUUGCUAUGAUGUGGUCAUUAAAUGAUAAUAUGGAUGAGAUAAAAAAAAAAGUUAUUAAUAAUUGUAAAGAUUAUGUACUUAAAGAACAAUUAGAAGGAGGUGCUGGAAAUUAUUUUGAUGAUGAUAUAAUUGAAAAAAUGAAUGAUGUAGAGAAAUUAAAAUCAUGUAUAUUAAUGGAACGUUUAAAUCCUAUGAAAAGUAAAAAUUAUAUUAUGGUUAGUGGAAAAGAAUAUGAAGAGUCAGAAGUUGUUAGUGAAUUAGGUAUAAUGGGUACUUAUUUAGGAAAUAUUACAACAAAUCAAGAAUAUUUUAACUAUUCUGGAGGAUAUCUUUUAAGAACAAAAAAGUCAAAUGAAACAAAAGGUGGUGUAACAAUUGGAGCUUCAUCCAUUGAUUCAAUAUAUUUAAUUUAA